UCAGCCGCAGAGAGGCGAGCGGGGGUCGCAAGAUGCUACCUCUCCAAACUAACGGGCAAGCUAAUCGAGGAGGAGCAGCAGUUGUCCGCAGCGGUGACGAUUGGGGGAAGUACGUACAGGGCCACGAUCGACACCGGGGCAACAGCGAGCUUUAUAAGCCAGGAACUGGCGGACAACCUGGACAAGUUAGGUUGGCAGACGGAAGGUGCGGCGGAAUCGAUGAACAGGUGGAGGUGGAGAUCGCAUUCGUGAACAAGCGACUAACCAUGAACCUGUUGAUACUACCAGGGGUAGUGGAUUCAUUGGUGUUAGGAUGGGACUUUCUAACUCAAGUCGGAACCGAGAUAAGGUGCGCUGGACACGAGGUGAGAAUACCGGCCAGAAACCGACACAAUGGGUGGUUUGAGGAGAGGCUAUCGGUAGCAGUCGUAUAG